AUGGCUACAGUAAUACCUCCUCCAUCUAAGAAACAGAAAAGAGAAGCGCAGAAAGUAAGGGAGGUGGAUUUGGUACCGGAAGAUGUUGGAAACGUGCUUAUCAAGUUUCAGGCAUCAGAUAGUGGGGAGUCUAUUGGAGGGUCAAUAAGAGUACCUGGGGGUAUUACAGAGAAGCAGUUAGAAGAGUUGCUCAAUAAUUUACAAGGUGAGUCAGAUGAGCCUGUGCCGUAUACAUUUUCUCUUUUAGUUCAAGAAGACGAGGAUAACAAAUUAAUAGAUAUUAGAAAUACAAUAUACCACUCGGUGAUAAAGCCCGGUAUCAAGACAACAGAAGACUUUCUUACACUAGUUUACACACCGAGAGCAAUUUUUAAAGUUAAGCCGGUAACAAGAUCCAACGCGGCGAUAGCAGGUCAUGGCUCUACGAUAUUGUGCUGUUCUUUUGCACCCAACGAUUCGGGAAGGAUGGUUUCGGGAGCUGGUGAUUCAACUGCUCGUGUAUGGGAUUGUAAUACAUCAACGCCAGUACAAACUUUAUCUGGCCACACAAACUGGGUGUUAUGUGUGGCAUAUUCACCAGACGGUACCAUGAUUGCAACGGGGUCCAAGGAUAACACAAUUAGAGUAUGGGAUGCCAAUACCGGAGCUUUACUUGGCAAACCGCUAACUGGUCAUUCCAAGUGGGUUAGUUCAUUGAGUUGGGAACCAUUACAUCUUGUUGCACCAGGCGACAAGCCGAGAUUAGCAUCUAGUUCCAAAGAUGGCACAGUGAAGAUUUGGGACACGAGUUCACGAACAUGUACAUUAACAAUGAGCGGGCAUACUAAUUCUGUUUCAUGUGUCAAGUGGUCAGGAUCAAACAUAGUAUAUAGUGCAUCACAUGACACGACUAUCAAGGCGUGGGACAUAAGUGCCAAUGGGAAAUGUAUACAAACGUUAAAGAGCCAUGCGCACUGGGUCAACCACUUAUCCUUAUCCACCGAUUACGUAUUGAGGAAAGGUGCAUUUGACCAUACUUCAACCAGAUUUUCGAAAUAUACUGCUCAAGAAUUACGCUCCAGGGCCAAAGAACAAUACGAAAAAGUUGCCAAAUUGAAUGGAGUUAUUAGUGAACGAUUAGUUACCGCCAGUGACGAUUUCACCAUGUAUUUAUGGGAACCGUUGAAGUCGUCGAAACCAGUAGUGAGAAUGACUGGACAUCAGAAAUUAGUCAACCAUGUGAGUUUUUCACCAGAUGGAAGAUUUGUAGUUUCGAGUUCAUUUGAUAACUCGAUAAAACUAUGGGAUGGUAUUAGAGGUACGUUUAUUACGACUUUGCGAGGACACGUUGCGCCGGUAUAUCAAACAGCAUGGUCGGCCGAUAACAGAUUACUAGUGAGUUGUUCAAAGGAUACUACAUUGAAAGUUUGGGAUAUAAGAACAAAGAAAUUGAGUGUUGACUUACCGGGGCAUGCUGACGAAGUAUAUGCAGUAGAUUGGAGCUUGGAUGGUAAGAGAGUUGCAUCUGGAGGUAAGGAUAAGAUGAUUAGAUUAUGGUCUCAUUAA